UUUUUUUUCUCUCUCUCUUUUUUUUUUUUUAAUGUCAAACUACUAUUAUGACCAUCAAAACAGCCAUCAGCAUGAUGCUUAUGCAAUGCAAAACUAUCCAUCGUACCAUGCUAAACUAGAACAACCUGAUGGCUACUAUCAAUCACCACAACCAUUAUUGUAUAACGAAUUUAGUAGCUCAGAAAAGUUUUCUAGAGCCAACAACCGACCUCGGUCUUGUUGUGAUAGAAUAUGUUGUGGUUGCUGUACAUGUUGUCCACGUUGGUGUCGUUGGAUAAGUUGUAUUUUGUUACUGCUGAUCAUUGGAUUGGCUAUUGCGAUAGGUGUCUUGGCUGCGUUAUUUAAAGAACCUUCUGUAGAAUUUACGGGAAUUCAGGGCCAACCGGCAUUUGGUCUGGAAGGAACAACGGCUAAUUUAAAUAUCUCGUUGGGUUUCACGGUUAAGAAUCCAAACAUUGAAAGCGUCACAUUCAAGACACUUACAGCUACCGCUAAUUAUCAUGGUGAUACCACACAAUUGGGUACUGGUACACUAAAUGACCUUCAUAUUGGUUCCAAUUCAAUCACCAAUAUUUCAUUCCCUUUUAAUAUUUCCUUGAAUUUAUUAGCCAGCGAAACACAAACAGUGGUCACUAAACUCAUGUCUGAUUGUGGUCUAAGUGGAGGAACAGCCAAAGAUAUUCAGUUGGAUUAUAAAGUUGUGGCUACAGUCAGUAUCAUUGGUAUUCCUAUCAGUAUACCCUUUUCAAGCAGUGCUUCAUUCAAAUGUCCUAUCGAUGUAAGUCCGCAAUAUCUCUUUUGUUCACUAAUUUGUUAUUAGUCGAGCCAAUCAUCCAUAUUAAAUGAUAUUGCAGGUUUAUUGGGCGCAAGUGGCAAUAAUGUAAUGGGUGCUAUUGCAGGUGCAUUGCCCAGUAACAUUGCCAGUUAUAUACCUACGGGUACUUCAAUCCCUACUCAAUAUACCUCACUUAUUCCCACCCAAUAUGCUUCCAUGAUUCCUACCCAAUAUGCUUCAUUAAUUCCUUCUGGACUGUAAAUAAAUAUUAUUCUUUUUUUUCUCUUUUAAAUGACG